AUGGGCUUUGAGGGUUCAUUGUUGCUGUUAUCCGUCCUUGCUGGCCGGAGCAACUGCCUGGGGUUGUUGAUGUUACUGUGGCCUCGACUGUUUGAGCUGCUGCAGGUUAUUGCGUGGGGGUUGCUGCUGUUUUCACCGGAGAAGCACGCGACUAGAGUUCUGUUGUCCCUGCAAAAGGAGAAUAAGGGGAGAUUGGUGAGGGAAGGAGAAAAGAGGAGGCAAGAGAAGACGGGAGGGGAUAGAGAGAGGAAGAAACAAGGAGGAAGCAUUACAGGGAGAAAAGAGAAGGAAGAAGCGAGAAAAGAAAAGGAGGAAGAGGAGGGUGGAAAGGGGACGACGGGAGAGGGAGGCGCCAAGGAGAAAAGGAGAGAAGGAAGGGGAGAGGGAUCGCUGGAGAAAAGAGGAGAAGAGAGAGGGUCGGUUAGAGGAGAAGAACGGAGGGAUAAAGUGGGGAAGAAGAGGGAAAGAGGGGGGGCGUUGGGCCUGCUGAUCGCAGCUGUUGCGAGAAAGGAGGAGGAGAAGAGGGGAGAAGCAGAAAAGAGGGAGAGGGGGCUUGGAGAAAGAAGAGAAGUGAUGCGAGAGAGGGGUGUCGACUGGAGAGAGGGGAAAAGAGGGAGAAGAGGUGAAGGAAGAGAGACGAACGCCAAUUGCCAUCCUCGCCGGUGGCUGUCUCGCCGGAAAAAAUGGAGAGAAUGA